CUCUCUCAUCAUAUCGUAUAUACGCCUUACUCCUAGCCACUGGAAUAUUCUUCUCGUUUGCCGCCCACGAGGCGUCGCGAUGUCGCGAAACUAACCGGGAGACGGUGUCACGUUGCAUCCGCUACUUGCAUUCCAACCGGGAAGUGCAUUCCUCGUCUUUCGUGCUGAUUUAAAUACUUUUAACCGUUAACCGUAUCCCGUUUCUCCCUAUGCCUAAAGCCAGUACCACAGUCCUCGUGUACAUAGUGCAACGACGACGGUCGCGUGCUGCGCCACGUUCAAAGAGAUAUUAUCAGCAGGUGUACAUCCUCGCUAAGAACAGUAACACUUCCGAUGAGUUUUCAUGAUCCUUUUCACAAGAGAUAAGCGCAGUGUAUUUUUCAUUUUGAGGACAGUGGAACGGAUACCGGUUAACUGGCCGAUGAUGCACUCGGUCAAUUACGGGUACGAGCUUCGUAUGCAGCUCCACUGGUUCUAUAUAAAUAUAUGAAGACUGGUAUGUGCACUUUAUGCUACUGGGUAUAAAAGCGCGACAUUGUCGAGGGUAUACAUAGUGCGAAAAAAAACACGAUUGAGGACAGCAUGUUUACUAGAAAAAUUGUACUGUUACUGGCACUGAUGCGGAUUUGGAAUGCAAGCCUUGUGCACUCUUUCCUGGAGGAGGGAUUACUGGCUAAAUCCAUCGGGCCAUGGGUUACGUACAGCAACCUGAGAACCGUCCAAUUGCUGAAUCAGUUGUGCAAUGACUCUCAGGACGAGUCAUCCGUUGAACGUGAUGCGUGCUACGGGUGUUUCUUUAGAGCGAGUAAUCAAGCUUCUGGAUAUCCAAUGCUACUGGCAAUGUCUAACUGCGCUGACAUUUACUUGAAUAACACAGAUUACGGUCACUGUCAGAGAUACAUACGAAAUGCAACAAAUUCGGCGAGCUCGAGAACAUCGCCCAACACGAUCUACUGUACAUUUUUGGAAUGCGUACGACAAGUUAACAAGGAUAUGCUUAUCAGAGAAUGCAUCGGUGAAGCAAUGGAAAUUUUACCAACCGUUUUUAACGGGACCGAACAACAGCUGGCACAAGUAUUCGUCAACACCACUGCCUGUAUUUUAGCCAGGGCACGAUGUACCGUUUUCCAGGAUAUGGAAGCCACUUCCAGAACCAUCCUGCCAACGGUUAACGCCGUUCUGGUUAAUUCCGAUUAUGACAUCAGUGUCGUCAAGUUUCCAUAUAUUUUAGGAAAAGGCGAGGGCUGCACCAGAUAUCGUAAUAUGGAACAAGCUACUUGGCCAGGCGUUGACUGCUAGCUGUUUUAUUAUUUUCUUUAUUAUCAAUAUCUGUUGAAUAAUAAUAAUGAUGAUUAUUAGUAAUGGCGCCCAGUAUUGGAAAGGUAUGAUUUUGUUGUGCUUGCUUCAGAACGUGGUACAAUAAUGUCUGCGGCUCGGUCAAUUUAAUUCAAUAUGCAGAUGUUGUUCGUGGAAUUCCACAGGAAGGAUAGAGCAACGUAUAAUGACACGUUAACGUGGGUCGUAUACGGGAAUAACAAGACUUUUCGAUAUUUCUGUAAAGACUUGGAAAUAAAUAUAUCCUACUUACUUGGGGAUAUACUUACAAAAAUAGAAUACACGUAUUGCAAGGUGGUUAAGCGCGACUGAAUGGCGUUUCCAAGCAAUGAGAUCGUAAACAAUCGCUCGGAACGUGUUAUGGACGCAUUCCGCGGGUGUCAUCGAGCUAAGAAUAACCCUAAGGAUCUCGAGUCGAGCGAAUCAUCGCCUAGCCAAUGACAUCAUCAUCGCGAAGUCCAUUACGCAUGUAAACGUUCAAACCAAACGUAGGUGUCUGUCACGUGUGUAUCCUAUACAUACAUAUAUGCUGGACUAACGUACUGGUCGGAAGUCAACGUUUACGUGGUAUAAUAUAAAUAUUUUGGUCAACCAACAAUAAUUUCCUAUUGAUCUUUGGACUUGGCAUACCUCGAAUUUCCAUUUAGAAACAGGCGAAAAGAAAUAUUUCGAACGUCGCCUUAGUAUUAUUAGAACUUUUGUCGGAUUUGUAUACACAAGGUUUCCUGCUUUGUUUCUCGUCUUUAAGUUUCUUCUAUGCAGCUUCGAGAAACUAAACGUUGACUGACAUCUAGUGGAUGGAUGGCGCACCAGUCAAGCUUAAUAAGCUCUGAUGAUAUUUAUCCCACGCGUGCGGACGAUGAUAAAGUUUUACAUGGGUCUGAUACUAUUUUUUUUUCUUCAUAACUGUUAUAAUUGCCGUGGGAUGACUUGUGGGAAAUAAAAUGAAUAAUGCAUA